AUGGCUGCAGAUAUCCCCAAGGUCGUCCCGUUGACCUGUCACGGGCACUCGCGCCCAGUGACGCACUUGAGUUUUUCUUCCAAUCUCGAAGAUGAUCAGUACUAUCUAAUCUCCGCAUGCAAAGAUAACAACCCUAUGCUCCGUGAUGGUAUCACUGGCGACUGGAUUGGCACAUUUCUAGGCCACAAAGGUGCUGUCUGGCAAGCCCGGCUAUCCGCCGACGCCGCCAUCUCCGCUACCGCAGCAGCCGACUUCUCAGCUAAAGUCUGGGACACAUACACAGGCGAAUGUCUGCACACAUUGCAGCACGCACAUAUCGUUCGCGCUAUCGCUUUCCCCAUCCAAUCGAACCCCCAGGUUCUCGCAACUGGCGGCGCAGAGAAGAAGCUGCGCAUCUUUGAUCUAAGCCGUGGCGGCUCUACAACCGGCGGAGGCGGCAGCAAUGGAUCAUCACCCCCUCUUCCACCUCCCAGCAGUGGGGGUGGAGGCGAAGUCAAUACAAGUGCAGUGACAAGUUAUGAAAUUGGACCCGGAGUGCACGGUGGCACGAUUAAGUCGAUCGUUUGGAAUCAGGAUUACAAUAUCGUUACUACUGCGGCUGAGGAUCGGAAGAUCCGAUGGUGGGAUCUGCGAUCUCGGCAUCCCGUGCUGGAGUAUGCAGUUGAAGGCGCGAUUGGGUCCUGUGAGCUGAAUAACCUUGCAACCCGGCCUAAUGAUUCUGGUAUUUUGACUGUCGCCGCGGGCAAGACUGUCUAUUUAUUCGAUGGGCUACAGCCCGGUCGACUUUUGAAGAAGGUCGAUUUUGGAUACGAGGUCGCUAGUGCCGCAGUUAAUAGUGAAUCUGGGCGCUUGGUUACCGGUAGCGCGAAUGAUACCUGGGCACGGGUUUAUGAUCUGAACACAGACGAAGAGCUGGAGGUUCAAAAAGGUCACCAUGGCCCCAUCUGGUCCAUAAGCUUCUCUCCUGAUGGCAAGCUCUACGGUACUGGCAGUGAAGAUGGAACCAUCAAGUUGUGGAAGGCUUGUCGUGAUCCAUACGGCUUGUGGCGGUGA